UUCUAAAUGUCAACUUUCACUUUGAAAAAUGUUUACUACUUGUUUCUUGGAAGUCUUUAUUUCCAGUGAAGAAUGUUUUAACUAAAGUUGAACUGUUGAUCGGAGAGGGAAAAUGAAACUUUUUGUAGUUUAAUACUUGAAAAGUGAAAGGUGAUACAAUGAGUUGCUUCAAAGGAAAAAUGCGGGAAUAUCAAAAUAUUUCCUUGGACCGCUUUGAUGGUUUGAACCUGAAGUCCACCGUUUAUUUCCUCUCUCACUGUCACUGUGAUCACAUGGAAGGACUUGCUUCUGCAGAAUUCCUUGACAGGCUGUCAUCUAGAAAUGACAUUUUCCUUUACUGCUCGGAGGUUACAAAAAUUCUGUUGAUGGAAAAACUCGCCAAAUUGGAAAAGUUUGUGAAAAUAUUAAAGGUUGGUGAACCAUCAUGUAUUCCCAUUCCAGCUCAAAAUUCAACAAAGACGGAGAAAGUGACAGUGACCUUGAUUCAUGCCAGCCACUGCCCAGGCUCUGUCAUGUUCCUGUUUGAGGGGUUUGAUGGGACAGCCUUGUACACUGGAGAUUUUCGAUGGGAGUCCGAUCAGAUUCAGAAUGUUCCAGCACUUCAUGUAGAUCAAAGAGUGAAGCCCCUGGCCAGUCUGUAUGUGGACACUACCUUCUGCCACCCCAACAGUUUCCUGAUCCCUUCCCGCCGGACAAUCAUCAAGGUCGUGUGUGACCUAGUUACAGAGUGGACCUCCAAGGGGAGUAACCACGUGGUUCAUUUCACUCCCAGGGCCAAUUACGGCCAUGAACCUCUGCUGAAGGAGGUAGCACAGACCCUGGGGUGCAAGGUGCAUGUCAAGAAAGACAAGGAAAACAUCUACAACCAGAUGUCAGAGCUGCAGGGAGUGUUCACAUCAGACUCAACAGCCACUCCGCUUCAUGCUUGUGGAAUGAAGGUGUAUGGAAAACCCCCCCGCCUGCCGUGUAACUUGAGGGGUAACCUGAAGGUCAUGGUCAUCUUACCAUCCACCAUGUUCUUCACCCAGUCCGUCCACGUCAGUGAGCGUGAGAUCGUUCUCCAGGACCGGGGGAUGUACCGGGUCUGCUACUGCUUCCAUUCAUCCAUGCAGGAGGUGCGCGACCUAGUGACCUACUUACAGCCCAGACAGGUUUUUCCUAACGUCAAGCCAGUGGAGGAUAAAACACUCCGUCAGGUACAGCAGCGUUUGAAUGAGUUCCUGAAGUUGAAGCACAGUUCCCGUGUGAGGGAGGCCAUGGAUUCCCAGCGUCCACUCGGUCUGCUGAAAGGAACCUUUAAGAAGAGGAAGAAAAAACCCUCGGAAACAUCGAGUGAGUCAGAGGAACUUUUAUUUGGAUCACAGAGUUUGUCACCAAAGAAAUUCAGCAAUGCUAUUGUAUCACCAGCUAAGAAUAACCACAAAGAGGAAACGGAAGAUGAGGAGGGUGAUCAUAGUUCCUAUGAUGGCAGUUGUCAUAGCGACAGUGAGCUCAGCGGGAUCUGUGAGUUGGAGGAGGAGAGUUCCCAGUCACUUUCCACUCCUCGGCAGAGCUUACUGGAGGCCAUCAAUUCCCUAGAUGGCAGCCAAUCAGAAAGCUUGUCUCACAGAAUUGUGGUGUAUGACGACUGUGAACAAACUGAAGGAAAGGCUCUCUCAUUGGAAGAAUUAAACAAACAAUACCAGGAAGGUGAGGAAGACAUUGACUCAGGGUCCGUGUCUGACCAGGGGGACCCUGACCCUGACAGAGACAGUUCCCCACCCCCAGAGACAACAAACAUUGAUAAAGAAAGUGAAAUCAGUGGAUCUAAUAAACAAGGAGAAGAUGCUCCAAACAACAGUAAGUCCGAGUCAGUUGAAUUAUCUGAUGGUGAACCAGCUUCAGGCUCUGGUGAUUCUAACUACAAUGGAAGCAGUGAUUUGUUUGAUGGAAAACUAGAUGAAAUGAGCAAGAAAAGUACAAUCAGUGAAAAAUCAAGCUACCUCUCUGAUUUACACAUCACUCCAAGCAGCUGUCAUAGCCAAUCAAAUGUUUCUUCUAGAACUGGUAAUACCCAAUCAAAUGCAUAUUUAUCUAUAAGUGACUGUGAUAGCCAAUCAAAUGUUUCUUCUAGAACCGGUAAUAGCCAAUCAAAUACAUAUAUAUCUAUUAGUGACUGUGAUAGCCAAUCAAAUGUAUUCGUCAGCCACUGUGAUAGUGAAUCAAAUGUACCUGGUAGCAAAUGUGAUAGCCAAUCAAAUUCAUCCAAUGGGAACAGUGGUAACCAAUCAAAUUCUUUAACUAAAAAUUUAAAUAAUAAAUCAACCAAUAGCAAUGUCUGUGAUAUUAAAGAAUCUCAAGGAUUUGAUCCUCAUUCACUGGAGCAUGACCAGGUGGAUUUGGAUCAGUUGUCUGAUGAGCUGGAUAUUCAUUGUUCAGAGGAGAAAGAGGAUGAUAGAAACCAUGUCAUUGUCAUUACAGAUGAAAGUGAGUCAGAUGUUGAAGAUUGUCCGACGUAGAUUUCCUCUCAGGAGUUGAAGACCACCACUGAUGUAAAUGCAACAAGGAAAAGAAAGCACAAAGAAGACUUAGAUGACAUUGAUGCACUGUUCGAGGUAGAGUCUUCAGAUUCUGACGAUGAUGAUGUCAAAAUUGUUGAGGACCCUAAACCUACAUGUAGAACCAGUAAAGCUGAAAAUUACAACAGAAAUACUCGUAAAGUCGUGCAUGAUAGUUCAGGACCUAGCACCAGUUUACUGAAUUUCUCAAGAACUAGCAACAGUUUACAGGAGGAAUCGGACAGCGAUGCAACUCUUCCACCCAGUCAGAAUUCGUACUCCGAGUCUCCACAGAAACGAAGACUUUCGUCAGAGGACAGUGUAGAAAUCAUUGAUAAUACAACACUGAGUUUUAGUACUCAGGAAAAUUCUCACCGAACACCCAGAAAACUACAGCAGACAUCUAUGGACCAUUAUGUCUCUCCUCUGGAAGAUUCCCCAGAAAAAUUUAGUCCUAGCAUUGUUAAAAGAAGAAAAAGGUGUACUAAAAAGUUAAAUGUUAGUCAUAGGAAAUUGAUGUACAAGAGCAAUGGGGAGGAGUGUAGUGGGGAUGAAGAGGUGGUGGAUCUAACAUUAUGAGGACAUCUCCGACUCUUUUUUGCUUCAUUUUACAAAGCAAUAUAGGACUUACAACCAAAUUAACAAAUGCAUAUCUUUCAUAAACUAAUCAAUGAUUCAAAUUUUUUAUACCCCCGCUCAGAAGGAGAGGGGGUAUACUGUUUUACCCUUGUGUGUCUGUCUGUCUGUCUGUCUGUCCGUCCGUCUGUCUGUCUGUCUGUCUGCCUGUCUGCCUGUCCGUCCUUAACAAAAAUUUCUGUCACAUUUAUCUCAGCAACUAUUUAUCGCAGAUGCUUGAAAUUUUAAAACAGUGUUUGUUAAGGCAUGCCAUAUCGUGGGAUAUAUUUUUGUACCAAUCGGGUGUCAACUUCCUGUUAAAUGACGACUUUGCUUAUUUUUUAACCAAAAUUUUCGUCAAAGAUUUCUCAGCAACUGUUUAUCGCAGAUGCUUGAAAUUUUUACACAGUAUUUGUAUAGGCAUGCCAUAUCGUGGGAUAUAUUUUUGUACCAAUCAGACGUCAACUUCCUGUUAAAUGACAAACUUUGUUUAUUUUUAGCAAAACUUUUCAAACAAAAUUCCGUCAAAGAUUUCUCAGCAACUAUUUAUCGCAGAUGCUUGAAAUUUGUACACAAUAUUUGUAUAGGCAUGCCAUAUCGUGGGAUAUAUUUCUGUACCAAUCGGGUGUCAACUUCCUGUUAAAUGAUGACUUUGUUUAUUUUUAGCCAAAAUUUUCAAAUAAAUUUUCCUCAAAGAUUUCUCAGCAGCUAUUUAUCGCAGAUGCUUGAAAUUUUAACACACUAUUUGUUUAGGCAUGUCAUAUUGUGGGAUAUAUUUUUGUAUCAACCGGACGUCAACUUCCUGUUAAAUAAUGACUUUGUUUAUUUUUUGCCAAAAUUUUCAAACAAAUUUUCGUCAAAGAUUUCUCAGCAGCUAUUUAUCGGAGAUGCUUGAAAUUUUUACACAGUGUUUGUUAAGGCAAGCCAUAUCGUGGGAUAUAUUUUUGUACCAAUCGGACGUCAUCUUCCUGUUAAAUGAGUACUUUGUUUAUUUUAGCCAAAAUUUUCAAACAAAUUUUCCUCAAAGAUUUCUCAGCAGCUAUUUAUCGCAGAUGCUUGAAAUUUUAACACAAUAUUUGUUUAGGCAUGCCAUAUUGUGGGAUAUAUUUCUGUACCAAUCGGAUGCCAGCUUUCUGUUAAAUGUUUGCUUAUUUUGCAUAUUCACAUCAGAGCGGGGGUAUCACUAGUGAGCAUUGGCUCACAGAUAUCUUGUUUAAUCCGUAAAACAUGUAGUUCAAAAUUUUUAAAUAGUUUGGAAAUCCAUGGUUUUAUUCAAAUUUUGUUCAUUCUGAUUUCAGGAUUAUUCCAUUAGACCAGAAAGAUGUUUAACAUGUCUUAAUUUUGUAAAAACGGACUCAGAGAUCAUAUUAUAUAAUGAAAAUUUUUAUUAACAGUGAUAGGAUUUACGACUAGAUUUCUGAUGAGUUUAUAUUAAUUUAAAGCUAGCUCAAGAUAAAUGUAUUUUGUUGUGCUGUAUUGUAUUUGUUAUUUCAAGAGAUUUUUAAUUUGUAAUUUUUACCAAAAUGCAAUUCAUGUAUUUACCAUUUAUAUUUAUCAUUGUGAAUUAAUUUCAUCUUUUUUCAAUUCUUGUAUGAAAUAACCUUUUUUUUCUAGUCAAAUAUUAAAAUUUAAAUUAU